CUUGGCAACAUUUUGUAAAAAGGUGUUGUGGCAAAAUCUUUUUUAUUAAGCAAUAUAUUUCGUUGCUUUGCCGUGUGCGGAUUUCCUAGUUUUUUAUGUAGAAAAUGCAUCCUGAUCUCACCGAACGAAUACUGCAACAUUUGGAAACUGUUGAUAAAAUUGAUACUUUGGAUUUAGUUGAAGUAUUCGGCGAAGAGCAUCAAAAGAUUGUAGGUGCUUUGAAAAGCAUAGAAGCACAUGGUGAUUUAGUUAGAACCGAAACAACUUCCCGCAAGAGGUUGGAGUUGACAGAAGAAGGUCAAGCAGUGGUAGCAAAUGGCAGCCAUGAAGCAGUAAUCUAUAAUGCUGUUCCUGAGCAUGGUAUUGUACAAGCGGAUUUAAUGAAACUUACACCGGCCGCCAAAGUAGGUUUCAGCAAAGCUAUGUCUCAAGGCUGGAUCAUGCUAGAUAAGUCAGUUAAUCCUCCUAUAAUAAAACGAAAAGUGGAUAAAAUUCAGGAUUUAGUCAAAGAAAACCUCACCGCUAUAGCUAAUGGUAAAAAUGACGUUCCCGCUAAUCUGGUAACGGAAUAUAAAAAACGUAAAUUGUUGCAAGAAAUUACUAUCAAAAGCUUUAUACUAUGCAAAGGCCCGGAAUAUGCCAAGACCUUAACCAAACUUGAGACUGAUCUAACAAUAGAUAUGAUGGCAAAUGCGUUAUGGAAGGAUUUAAAAUUUAAGGCCUACAAUUUCAAUGCUUUGGGUGCGCCGCCUUCGUGUGGUCAUUUGCAUCCCUUGCUGAAAGUACGUAGCGAGUUUCGUCAGAUUUUCCUUGAGAUGGGUUUCUCCGAAAUGCCUACUAAUAAUUUUGUGGAAUCGUCUUUUUGGAAUUUUGAUGCCCUCUUUCAGCCACAACAGCAUCCUGCACGAGAUGCGCAUGAUACAUUUUUUAUAAAUCAUCCGAACAAAAGUUACAAAUUUCCUCAGGAUUAUCUACAGCGAGUGAAACAAAUUCAUUCGAAAGGAGCUCACGGUUCUCAAGGAUACGGUUAUAAUUGGAAACUGGAAGAAGCUCAAAAAAAUCUCUUACGUACUCAUACCACGGCAGUUAGUGCACGAAUGCUUUACAAAUUGGCCAAUCAAGCAGAAGGAUUUAAACCUGUGAAGUAUUUCAGCAUAGAUAAGGUAUUCCGCAAUGAAACUUUGGAUGCCACACAUUUGGCUGAAUUCCAUCAAGUUGAAGGUGUUAUAGCUGAUGUCGGUCUAACUUUGGGCGAUUUAAUAGGCACUCUAUAUGAAUUCUUUCGCAAAUUGGGUAUUACCCAAUUAGAAUUUAAGCCAGCUUAUAAUCCUUAUACUGAACCUAGCAUGGAAAUAUUUUGCUAUCAUCCUGGUCUGAAUAAAUGGAUAGAAGUUGGCAAUUCAGGAGUUUUUCGUCCGGAAAUGCUGCUUCCAAUGGGCUUGCCAGAAAACGUUAACGUUAUCGCUUGGGGUUUAUCUUUGGAACGUCCCACUAUGAUUAAAUACAGCAUAAAUAAUAUCAGAGACUUGGUGGGUCCCAAGGUAGAUCUGAAAAUGGUUGAAGAUGGACCGAUUUGUCGCUUGGAACGUGCUUAAAAAAAAAACAGAUUU